GGGUGACGUCACGGCCCCGAGCUCCUGGGCUUCCAGAGCGAACUGAGCGCGCGAGAAUGGAGGUCGCCCGCCAAGCCCUGGGCCCCUUGGUCUCCGAGCUGUACGACGUGCAGGCUUUCAAGUUCGGGAGCUUCGUACUGAAGAGCGGGCUCUCCUCCCCAGUCUACAUCGACCUGCGGGGCAUCGUGUCACGCCCGCGUCUUCUGAGUCAGGUCGCAGACAUUUUAUUCCAAACUGCCAAAAGUGCCGGGAUCAGUUUUGACAGUGUGUGUGGAGUUCCUUAUACAGCGUUACCACUGGCGACGGUUAUCUGCUCAGCCAAUCAUAUUCCCAUGCUCAUUAGGCGGAAGGAAACAAAGGAUUACGGUACCAAGCGCCUUGUAGAAGGAGAGAUUAAUCCGGGGCAGACCUGUCUGGUCAUUGAGGAUGUCGUCACCAGCGGGGCCAGUGUCUUGGAGACUGUUGAAGUUCUUCAGAAGGAGGGUCUAAAGGUGACUGAUGCCAUCGUGCUGCUGGACCGAGAGCAGGGAGGCAGGGACAAGCUGCAGGCUCAGGGCAUCCGCCUCCACGCAGUGUGCACCCUGUCGCAAAUGCUGCACAUUCUCCAGCAGCAGGAGAAGAUCGACGCGGAGAUGGUCGGGAGAGUGAAGAGGUUCAUUCAGGAGAACGUCUUCUCAGCAGCUAAUCAGAACGGUCUUCCCCCUCCUGAGAAGAAAGCGUGCAAAGAACUCAGCUUUGGUGCUCGAGCGGAGCUGCCUGGAAUCCACCCGCUUGCCUCAAAGCUGCUCAGGCUAAUGCAGAAGAAGGAGAGCAAUCUGUGUCUGUCUGCUGACGUGUCGGAGGCCAGGGAGCUGCUGCAGCUAGCAGAUGCCCUGGGGCCCAGCAUCUGCAUGCUCAAAACUCAUGUCGAUAUUCUGAAUGAUUUUACUCUGGAUGCGAUGGAGGAGUUGACGGCUCUGGCGAAACGCCACGAGUUCUUAAUAUUUGAAGACAGGAAAUUUGCUGACAUAGGAAACACAGUUAAAAAGCAGUAUGAAAGUGGCGUCUUUAAAAUAGCUUCCUGGGCAGAUGUGGUCAAUGCGCACGUGGUGCCAGGCUCAGGAGUGGUGAAGGGCUUACAGGAAGUGGGUCUGCCUUUGCAUCGAGCGUGCCUGCUCAUUGCGGAAAUGAGCUCUGCCGGCUCCUUGGCCACUGGGAACUACACCAAGGCAGCAGUUGGGAUGGCUGAGGAGCACUGUGACUUUGUCAUUGGCUUUAUCUCUGGCUCCCGAGUCAGCAUGAAACCAGAGUUUCUUCACUUGACCCCAGGAGUCCAGUUAGAAACAGGAGGGGAUCACCUUGGCCAGCAGUACAAUAGUCCCCAAGAAGUGAUUGGCAAACGGGGUUCUGAUGUCAUCAUUGUAGGCCGGGGAAUACUUGCAGCCGCUGACCGCCUGGAAGCCGCAGAGAUGUACAGAAAGGCCGCCUGGGAAGCUUAUUUGAGUAGACUUGCUGGUCAAUGAGAAGACACCGAAAAUGGGUGGUGUCCCCAAAGCCGCUGGCUUCAAAGAACAGUGCGCAGGGCCCUGCCGAGGGUCACUGAGGUCAGACCCUGGAGCUUCGUGUCAUGUCUUACUUGUAAUCACUGCAUUGGUACUGAAAUGAGCUCAUCUUAAAGCUUUCAUUGAGACUGGUAUUUGUUUGGCAGCUGCUACCUUUCAGAUUCCUUGGGCUAGACCGCUUAAUUCUUUUAAUAGCAGUGAGACUCAGUCACAUACAUCUAAUGUUAGCUGCUUCCCUCUUUCAGCGCCCUGAAGCUCGAUCCUUGAGUGGAGCAGGAGUUCUAGUUCAUUCUACUCAGCAAUCGGUGUAGAAAGUCAGUCACAGUUUCCUCUUGCUGCGUCUGGAUGGUAGGCCUCUGCAUCUAAGAAGUCAGUGUGGCACCCAGUCUACACAUCUAUAAGGUUAGCAACUGCACACACUCAGCAAGGACCCAUGCAUUCUCUAGAAAAGUGGAAUCAAAGUAGCUACAGCAGGUGCUUGAAGGAGUCUGACUGCAUCAUGAUCCCAUCACCUUAGAGCAUAAGGCAUGAGUCUCAGGGUGGGGUCGAGCUGAUGUCUGAGAAAAGCUGUCAGGGUCUAAGGGAACGUCCGUCCCUUCUAGGCUUUAGCAUGGACUUAGUCUUAAUCUGCAGCAGCUCCACCUGCGGUUCCAGGAGUCCAAAGGGACCUUUCAGUUGUAAGAUGCAGACCUAAAUGAGGCCCUGAAGUUAACUUCACGCACACCUGCUUUAGAGCAGUCACAAGGAAAGAUACAUUAGCGCAAUGCAUUAGGCCCUGUUAAUUCAGAUCAGCAUUUGGGGAAAUAGGAAAAAAAGUCCUCUGGAGGAUAGACUUACUGUAUCUAUUCCACCCAUUAAAACUAACUACAGUACCUUUGGCCAAGUCAGCUCAUCUUAAAAUAAUGUUAAAUGCUGUCUGCUUUUCGAGAUGGCUGGGCAUGGUAGUUUCAUAAUUAAUAGCUACAUAAUUUAUCCGAGAAAAUGGCUUUGUCACUGCAGAUGUCUUCAAUGUUUAUAAAUAAGAUGUUCCCCAGUGGACUUAACUGCUCCUGUCACAGUGGCCGCCCUGCUUGUCUGUAAGCAAAAACCAGACUUACACAAGAAUAAGUUUAUGCUCCACUGAAGGUGGCAGUGCUGUGAGUUCCUCUUGUAAGUUCCUCUUCUGAGUUCCUCUUCAGCGGUCCAUCAGCGUGCCAGAUGUUAUUUGUCAAUGUGACACAAAUGUAUCUGGGAAGAGAGAAUCUUACGAGAGGAAAUGCCUCUAUAAGAUUGUGCUACGGACACUCCUGUGAGGGCAUUUUCUUGUUUAAUAUUUGAUGUGAGAUGGAAGAGCCCAGUCCACAGUGGGCAGUGCCACCCCUAUUCGGGUAGUCUGGAAUUAUAUAAAGAAGGCUAAGCAAGCCAGUAAGAACAUC